AUGAGGGGUGCUUGUUCAUUAAAGAGAGAUGCACAUGAUGAUGAUAACAUCACUAGAAGAGGUUUCUCAAGUAGACGCUUCAAAAUUGGGAGAUCGAGUUGUUUAGAGUCGUUCCUUCUUGGGCGUGGCAUGGAUGGUCCUCUGGGAAGAAACAAUUGUCCGUCCCUCAUGAAAUUAUGUGUUCAUAGUAUACGUAAGGAUCUUGACAAAUACAAUUCAUUCUCAAUGCUGCCAAGGGACAUAAGCCAGUUGAUAUUCAACAAUCUGGUCUAUUCAAACCGCCUUUCGGAUGACAGUAUUGAAGCAUUUAGAGAUUGUGCACUGCAUGAUAUGUGGACAGGAGAAUAUAAAGGUGUGAAAGAUAAUUGGAUGGAUGUGUUUUCUUCACAAGGAUCAUCUUUACUGUCUGUAUAUAUUUUUGGUUCUAAGGUCACUGAUUUCGGAUUCAGUCUGUUGAGAAAUUGCCCGAAUCUCCAAGCGUUAUCCUUCGAUUGCUGUGACCGUAUUUCUGAACAGAGGAUAAAGCAAGUCAGUGGUUUCUCGAAUUUGACAUAUUUGAGUUUUAGAAAAUGUGUUUCGGUUACUGCUGAAGCAAUGGAAGCUUUAUCCAGCUUAGAUAAAUUGGUUAAGUUGGAUUUCAAGAGGUGUCCACAAAUUCAUGGAGGAUUUGUUCAUCUUCAAGGUUUACCGAAACUUGAAUCUCUCAGUGUAAGAUGUUGUCAAUGCAUAAUGGAUUCAGACAUGCAGCCCUUGGCAGGGAUCGCGAGUUUGAAGGAGCUUCAGAUCGUGUGUCUCUACAUAACAGAUUAUGGAGUGUCUUAUCUGAGAGGUUUGAACAAACUUGUUGUACUAAAUAUGGAAGGAUCUCAUGUUACUACUUCAUGUUUGGAUACCAUAUCAGAGCUUCCUUCGCUGCAAUCGUUGAAUCUCAAUAGAUGUUGUCUGAGAGAUGAUGGAUGUGAAAAGUUUUCGGAACUCAGCGAGUUGAAGGUAUUGAAUUUGGGAUUUAACCACAUUACAGAUGAAUGUUUGGGCCAUAUGAAAGAUCUGACAAAAUUGGAAGGCUUGGACUUUGACUCAUGUAGGAUUACAGAUGACGGAUUGGCUCAUUUAUCUGGUUUGGCAAAAUUGGAAGAUCUCAACCUCAAAUUCACCUUAGUGACGGACGAUGGUUUGAAAAUGUUAUCUGGAUUGACAUGUCUGAAGUCACUUAAUCUGGACGUUCGCCAAAUUACAGACUCAGGGCUUGCAUUUCUCACACUAGGUUUAACUGGUUUGACUCACCUGGAUCUCUUUGGAGCUCACAUAACGGAUUCCGGGACAAAGUAUCUCACAUAUUUCAGAAAUCUGCAAUCACUUGACCUUUGUGGUGGCACGUUAACGGAUGCUGGAGUCGAAAAUAUAAAGGAUCUUUCUUCCAUGAUAUUUUUGAACCUAUCACAGAACCGGAAUUUGACCGAUAAGACAUUGGAGCUUCUAUCAGGACUGAAAUUGUUGGUGUAUUUGAAUGUGUCAAAUUCUUGCAUCACCAAUGAUGGAUUGAAAUAUUUGAAGCCUUUGAAGAAUUUACACACAUUGGAUUUAGAAUAUUGCAAUGUGACACCAUCUGAGAUUAAGAAACUUCAAGACAAUGUCCUUCUAAAUCUUGUGAGAUAUAGGCCUAAUUAA